AUGAUAAGCUUCAUCCCGCCGCUCCUCGUGAAGCCUCUCCUGUACAUUGGUUUAGUUGUCGCUUUAAAACAUGCUUUGUACAUCGUCUACUGGGUGUUAAAUUGUCUGAAGUGCAAAAUAUUUGCUAGAAGACUGAGAAGCUAUGGCGACACAGUUAUCAUCACCGGGUGCACGGACGGAAUUGGAAAAAGCUUGGCAUAUUCACUCAUAAGGGAAAAUGUUAAUUUAUUCCUCAUUAGUCGUAAUGAGGAUGCACUAAAGAGCAUGAAGGAGGACCUACUCGUGAGAAACAGGAACUACAAGGGACAGAUCGAUUAUGCAACGUUUGAUUAUAAUACAGGUAGCUUCACCUCCUAUAGGGGUAUUCAGGAGAAGAUCGAAAAAUUGGAUGUCGGAAUUUUGAUUAACAAUGUGGGGGUUUCCUACCCGCACCCGUUGAUCGAGUUGAGGGAACAUAACAUCCAGGUGCAGUGCCACGUGCCUCUAUUCAUCGUGACGAAGCUGUCCAAGAUAAGGAAGCCCAGUACAUUCGUCCCAACUGCGGAUGCAUACGCAAAAAGCGCAAUUAAAAGGAUGAAACAGGGGAAUAGCACGUCCAGCAGUGUUAUAUCCUCACCCUAUUUCCUGCACAGAGUGCAAAUAUGCCUCUACAACGCCGUUCCGAAACUGUUAUUUGACACCAUGUCCUUGAUGACUCUCAAGGCAGUUAGACAAAGAGCGUUGAAGAAGGUGAGAAAGGGUGAUUAA